UUAACAGAGCUCGAUGAUGGUCAAAAUGAAGGCCCUGUCUUCGAGCAUAUGAGCGCAGACACUUCUUCGUCCAACAGACAGUGGGCGCCAUAUGAUUCAAGAACGAUGUUCUUGCUAGACCUUCUGGGCAAUCUACCACGCCUGCCUGUGUCCGACUCUCUAAUGCGAGUUUUUCUAUGGAUACUGAAAGAAACUGGUGCGCGUGAUGUUCCAAGCUUUGCGCAUCUGCGCAAAGUUCAAAUAGCUCUCCGCAAGCAAAACGGCGUCCCGACUUUGCGGUGCGAGUCAGCUUUGGGUAAUAUAUUCUAUAUGAAUGACCCUUGCAGCAUAAUUGCUAAGGAUUGGUCAAAUCCACAAAUUCGCCCAUAUAUUCAUGUAUAUCCUGAAGAGCCCGAUGGGCCUGUCUCAGAGGUAUGGCACGGCCUGAAAUGGCGCCAGGAAAUGGACCCCGAUGCACUGAGCCCUAUGUGGGAUGCAGGCAGCGGUCGGCAUUACUAUGUGAAUGAACUAGCUGAGCUGCAUGAUGGGCAGCUCGUGAUACCAAUUCGAUGGUUCAUUCGCCGCGGUCAAGUUCACGCAGAUGCGUUUUCGGUCAUAGUCAAUGUAGAGGGCAUUGCUUCCGUGCGUGAUAGCGAAGAGAUUGUUGUUGCAGCCAAUGAUCUGUCCAAGAAUUUCUUGGAACUUGAUGACAGGCUUCCUGCCGCAUGGGACGAACAUGCUCAGUCCUGGGGAUAUGGCAAGAAGAUGCCCAAUCCUCUGCGCAACAUUGCUCAGGGAGACCCUCUCUACACUAGCUACAUCGACUAUUUUGGCGAUGAUGUCUCCGGUAAUCGCUCCAAGUCUUGGAACAAGCACUGGAACGCCUAUAUCACCCACCGGAACCUUCCCCGCAAGAUGCUCCAGCAGGAAUUUCACACGCACUUCAUUUCGACGUCUCCGCAUGCCAGCAUUACAGAGCAGUUUGGGAAGUUUAAAGAGGCUGUUGAGUCAACCCACACCAAGCCAGUUCAGGUUCGCGAUGGCUUAAGUGGACAGACUGUUCGAUUUCGGGUCUAUGUCAAUGCUGAACCCUCUGAUAAUCCCAUGCAAAGCGAAACCUCUGCACAUAUCGGAGGUGGAGGAAAUUUAUUCUGUCGUAAGUGUGACGCUGGUGGUACAGACAAGCACAAAGAGAGCGACUGCGGCUUUGAAAGCCUCUUCAACCCCGGAACUCCACGCACCAAGGACGACGUAGUUCUUGCCUUGAAGCAGCAGGUUAACACAGCAUGUCACGGGGUCGCGCAGCAUGUCAAGGACCUGCAGACCAAGACUGGAGUCAAGGACGCAUACACUCAGCACUGGAUCGACAACAUUCUCGAACGUGCUCGCUCGAUGAAGAAAAGCAGCCCAUCUCGCUCGAAAGAGUCUAUCCAAGAAGAGCUGACUCAGUGGGUUUCCGACAACUGGUCCACCAUACUCACUCCGUUCUACACCAUGCCGGGCUUCGAUCCGACCAAGGACACGCCAAUCGAAAUUCUGCAUACAAUUCUGCUAGGACUAGUCAAAUAUACCUGGCAUGGCACUCACACAGCCUGGAAUUCAAGCACGAAGGAUCAAUACGCUCUACGACUGCAGGCGACCGAUGUCAAUGGGCUCUCUAUUCCUGCGAUUCGUGCAGGCUAUAUUUUGCAGUACGCAAACUCACUUAUCGGCCGUCAGCUCAAGACGAUAGCACAGACGAUCGUGUUUCAUGUGCGUGAUCUUGUGCCGCCACUCUACUUUCAGCUGUGGGUUGCCGUCGGAGAGCUGUCCGCAUUGCUGUGGCAUUCUGAGAUUUACAACAUGGACGAAUACUUGGACGACCUUGAUAUUGCCAUUGCCAACGUUCUUGAUCUGUUUGCGGAGAUUGACCCCAGCAAGAUUGUCCAGAAGAUAAAGAUUCAUCUUCAAACUCAUGAUCGAUACGACAUCCUGCGAUUCGGGCCUCUGGUGGGGCUUUCGACCGAGGUUUUUGAAAGCUUCAAUGCGGUAUUCCGGUAUUGCUCGAUCCACUCUAACCACCGUGCUCCGAGCCGUGAUAUUGCUCUGCAAUUAGCGGCCCAAGAGUCACUGAAACACUGCGUCACAGGUGGCUACUGGCCGACAGACAGUGCUGACUCUCCGAAUGCUUGGACAAACGCGGGCCUCGGAAUCCGAGAUUAUUUGACCAAUCAGCCGAUUCUCCAGCGCCUGCUUGGCUGGACAUCACAUACUGCACAGAUUCCUGGUUCUGUGCUAUCUGUACCACUGAAACGCGGCCAGAAAACUCGUCCUACGUGUUCUCUCUCACAGACGAAGGCCGCUUCUGCAGGCAAUAUUGGUGCCUUUAGUGACAGCAGAUCCUCGCAAUGGGCAGAAGGACGCUCGUUUGUGUCGCAGAGCAAAGAGGUAUGCACCAACGGAACAUGGGUCUUUGCACGGUCACCUUCAGAUAAUAACCAGUCGGUUGUCGGACGAGUAGCUGAGAUCCUGAUUGAGGCUACAAACAGCACUCGAACUCUCAUCGUGCUUGAGCAGUUCAAGGUUGCUGCGGUGCGCCACGAGACAUUCAAAAUGCCCUACCUUGUCUCGUCAUUUGGGGAAUCAUACUUAAUCCUUGCCGCAAAGCAGGACGUGAAGUUUGCGGUGAACACCCAGCAUGACUGUGCUCACGCCGGCUGCGGUGUGUCUAGCCGUCGUGCUGUUCUUCAAGAGCGAGAGGAAUCUGGACGCACUGAAGCUGUCUUCGUUCACAAGCAGGGCCAGUGCGACCAGUUUAUCAUCAACAUGACAUCAUUUCAUAAUGCCCAUCUCGUUCGUCAAGUGCUCCCCCGACACCUGACAGCUCAUCGGCUCCUAUUUCCGAAUCGCUCUGCAAAACAUCUCGAGCAAGCGCGGCGGCUCCGUCAGACAAAUAACACCAAGAGAGAAGCAGCGAAGGAGAAGAGGCAGAAGAAAACAAAGACAAGUGGACCAUCACGGAGAGGAGCACAAAGCGAAGCACGUACAAAACAAGUAGCUGAGGCUUGCGGCAGUGAAGCAGAGUCAUCGGACGCUCCCGAGGACAGCUUCGAACGUUCCGGCGAGGCUGAGAGUGCAGCCGAAGAGCCUGAGUCUGAGCACCCCCGCAAACGCAAACGACUUAUUUAG